AUGGAGUGUGUGACAAUAAUAUCCUAUUCUCUUGUACUGAAUGGAGGAUUUACUAGACUUUUCAAUGCAAAGAGAGGUAUAAGACAUAGAGAUCCAAUGUCUCCUUACCUCUUUGUGAUUGCAAUGGAGUACUUGCAGAGGGAGAUGAAUCAACUUGCUAUGCAGAAGGAAUUCAAAUUUCAUCCAAAGUGCAAGAAGGGUGACACACAAUCAGUUACUAUAAUGCAGGAGACCUUUAAAAGGUUCUCCAAUGCAUCAGGAUUACAUGCAAGUGCAGAAAAGAAUUCUAUUUAUACUGUUGGUGUAGCACAACAUAUAAAGGAACAACUGAUUGAGUGUAGAGUCCAGCUCAUAAAAUUAGUGUUAUUUGGAAUACAAACGUAUUGGGCUAAAAUUUUCUUACUGCCAAAGAAAAUCAUGAAGAUGAUAGAGACUAUAUGUAGAACCUUCUUAUGUACUGGCUCAACUGAUUACUCCAGGAAAGCACUGAUUGCAUGUGAUAGAAUAUGUCAACCUAAAGCUACUGGUGGUUUGAAUGUGAUUAAUAUGAAUAUAUGGAACAAAGCAGCUCUAUUAGAGCACCUUUGGGCUUUGGCUAUAAAGAAGGAUACUUUAUGGAUUAAAUGGGCUCACAUAUACUACAUAAAAAACAUGCCUCUUGAUGAGGUAAACACACCCAAAAACAGCAGCAUGGGUGGUGAGGAAGAUCAUAGAGGCAAAGGGUGA